CAUGGUGAUGUUGUAAUAGUAGGCUUGAAAACUCGCCCCAUUAUUAGCAUAUGGACGAGUGGUACAAGGUAUCACAUAUCCUUAUUUGGUGGAACUCUGCCAUAUGUGAGGCUCUAUACCUCAUUAUUCGACGAUACAUUCAGAUCACCAGUGAUGUUAGGAUGGUGCUUCAACAGUUGGUUUCUGGUGUGACACACGGUGCUACAGGUGGAGCGAUCUUGUGUGAAGUGCAUUCUCUUCUACAACACUUAUCUAUUGUAUGUUUUGUGUAGACACCUCGAGAAUCAAAUCAAACCGCCCCAUUUAUCUGACUUACCCGCAAUGAUAUAGUGAAAAAAAAAAAAAAAAGAGAGAGAGAGAGAGAGAGCCAACCUUCCUGUCUCGACUCUCGGGUCUCCAAUUUCCUUGAACAGAGGUUGAACCAAGACCAGGCGGGCAGGUUCUCUGUUUGAGCCCUCAGUUCUCAUCUGAUUCAAUCGCUCUCCGUCUCUCUCUAUACCGUGUGUCGGUUGCUGAGAAAGGAAAAGAGAGAAUGGGGAUCCGGUUCAUUUUGAUGGUGAACAAGCAAGGCCAGACUCGUCUUGCCCAGUACUACGAAUGGCUCACUCUCGAGGAACGCCGAGCCCUAGAAGGCGAAAUCGUCCGUAAGUGCCUCGCCCGCAACGAGCAGCAGUGCUCGUUCGUUGAGCAUCGCAAUUACAAGAUCGUGUACAGGAGAUACGCAUCCCUGUUUUUCCUGGUUGGAGUUGACAAUGACGAAAAUGAGCUCGCGAUUCUGGAAUUCAUACAUCUCUUAGUUGAAACCAUGGACCGUCAUUUUGGCAAUGUGUGUGAGCUAGACAUAAUGUUCCAUUUAGAGAAAGCCCAUUUCAUGCUGGAGGAGAUGGUCAUGAAUGGUUGCAUUGUCGAGACAAGCAAAUCCAACAUCCUCAGCCCCAUUCAGUUGAUGGAGAAAACAUCCUAGGCAAGAACUGAUUCUUGAUUUUGCACUCAUUGCCUUAUAUCUCUCGCUCAGGUUUUAUCGCUCGCUUUUCGUAUUUUUAUGUUGGUAGAGAGCCCCAAGAACUUCAUGUCAUCAGUCAAAGCUCUCUGCUUACAACACAGAAUGUUUAUGAAAGAUGAACAAUGUAUAAUUGUAACUUGUCUUAGUUGAAUAGAUAACUACGAUACGUUUUCUUUGCGUAUCAACUCUCCUGCUCUGCAGUUUGGCAUCGUGUUCUUAUUUACUGUUUUUUGUUUCCGUCUUUGAUAAAUGUGUACUGAUCUA